AGGUGGCACAUCUGCGAGCUUGUCCUCCUCACACUCAGAGCAGCUCCUCUCCUCUCGUCUCCAACAUGUCCGGAGUCGCAUCCACCCUGGCCCGGAAGCGGGCCCUGGCGGCCGGGUUCGGAACCAAUGCCAACGCGGUCCGGUACCAGAACCAGAGCUUCGAGGCGCUGCGCUCGCAGUGCCGCGGGUCCGGCCAGCUGUUCUGUGACCCGCUGUUCCCCGCCGAGCCCGAGUCCCUGGGCUUCAACGAGCUGGGCCGGAGCUCCUACAAGACCCGCGGAGUCAGCUGGAAGAGGCCCACGGAACUGGUCUCAAACCCGGAGUUCAUUUUGGGCGGAGCCAACAGGACUGACAUCUGCCAGGGAGCUCUGGGUGACUGCUGGCUGUUGGCGGCCAUUGCCUCCUUGACGCUGAACGAGUAUGUGAUGGCCAGAGUGGUUCCCUCUGACCAGAGCUUCGGAGACGACUAUGCAGGCAUCUUCCACUUCCAGUUCUGGCAGUAUGGUGAGUGGGUGGACGUGGUCAUCGAUGACCGGCUGCCCGUGAAAGAUGGAGAGCUGAUGUUCGUCCACUCGGCGGAAGGAAGGGAGUUCUGGAGCGCCCUGCUGGAGAAGGCCUACGCCAAAGUGAACGGCUGCUACGAGGCUCUGUCUGGAGGUAGCACCACCGAGGGCUUCGAGGACUUCACUGGAGGCAUCGCAGAGAGCUACGACCUCAGUAAACCGCCCUCCAACCUCUUCCAGAUCGUCAAGAAGGCGCUGGAGGCAGGAGCGCUGCUGGGAUGCUCCAUCGAUAUCACGAGCGCUUCAGACUCUGAGGCUGUCACUCGUCAGAAGCUGGUGAAAGGCCACGCCUACUCACUGACCGGCGCCGUGGAGGUGAGCUACCGCGGCCGUCAGGAGAAGCUGGUGCGGGUCAGGAACCCCUGGGGUCAGGUCGAGUGGACCGGAGCCUGGAGCGACGGGUCGUCUGAGUGGAACCAAGUGGAGGGGGAGUGUCCUCACGCCAAGGCCGAGGACGGAGAGUUCUGGAUGUCCUUUAACGAGUUCCUGCGUCACUACUCCCGCAUCGAGUUGUGCACACUGACCCCAGACACCAUCGAUGAUGACACCGUCAAACACUGGAGCGUUUGCAAGUUCGACGGCACCUGGAGGAGGGGCUCCACGGCUGGAGGCUGCAGGAACCACCCAUACACGUUCUGGACGAACCCACAGUUCGUCGUCAAGCUGGACGAGGAGGACGACGACCCCGAUGACGGGGAGGUGGGCUGCAGCUUCGUGGUCGGUCUGAUCCAGAAGAACCGCAGGAUGCUGCGUAAAAAGGGGGAGGACAUGCACACCGUCGGCUUCGCCAUCUACGAGGUUCCAGAGCAGUUCCACGGACAGAGGGAGGUGCACCUGGACAAGAACUUCUUCCUGACCCACGCUCAGACUGCCCGCUCAGAAACCUUCGUCAACCUGCGUGAGGUCAGCACCCGCUUCAAGAUGCCGCCGGGCGAGUACCUGAUCGUCCCGUCCACCUUCGAGCCCCACCUGAACGGAGACUUCUGCAUCCGGGUUUUCUCUGAGAAGCAGUCGGAGACGCUGCCAUGUGACGACCCGGUCAGCGCUGAGCUCGAAGAGGAGACGGUGUCGGACGAUGAGGUGGAUUCAGGAUUCAGGAACCUUUUCACUAAACUCGCCGGAGACGACAUGGAGAUCUCUGGGACGGAGCUGAGGACCAUCAUGAACAAGAUCGUUGCCAAACGAACCGACAUCAAGACAGACGGUUUCAGCCUGGACACCUGCAGGAUCAUGGUCAACCUGAUGGACGACAGCGGUAACGGGAAGCUGGGCCUCGGAGAAUUCGCCACGCUGUGGAAGAAGGUUCAGCGAUACCUGUCCAUCUACAAGAAGAACGACUCCGAUAACUCUGGAACGAUGAGCACCCCAGAGAUGAGAGUCGCCUUCAAAGAUGCAGGUUUUACCCUCAACAACACCAUCUACCAGCUGCUGGUGGCCCGCUACUCCGACCCGGACAUGACCAUCGACUUCGACAACUUCGUGGGCUGUCUGAUGAGACUGGAGAUGAUGUUCAAGAUCUUUAAGAAGCUUGACGCCCACGACAGCGGCUUCAUCGAGCUCGACUUCACCCAGUGGUUGAAUUUCGCCAUGAUCUGAGAGGAAGCCUCAGCCGUUCUGCAGCAAGCCACUUUACCGGUUACAGCCGCCGCUUCUCUUACAGUUUUAUAUGUAUUUACCUGUUUCAGUAUCUAAGUGAUGUCACAAAAGUCAAUAAAUUUACCCACUAAACCUU